GGGGAAUGUGAAACAAGUUUUGCACAAUUCGCAUGUCCAAGCAGUAGUCUCCAAAGUGUCGGAAUUCGAAGUCCAUCUUGCGCCUAGAUGUUCUCGUUAAGCUCGGAGUUAUAAAAGUUGUGCGCUGAUAGAGGACAUCAAGACAUGGGAAGUAUGCCUGCGGCCUUGCAGCACACAAGAGGAAAAAGAGGGAAGAUUGCUGCGAGGCAUAACUCACCAGCUGAUCUCUUGAUCUCCACCUUUACUGUCAUCGUACUUUCUAAGAAGCCUAGUUCCGAACGAUAUAAAUGUGCACACCACGCACCUCUCAAUGGCAGCUUGAACGCAGCCUUGACUAAUCUCGCCAAGUUGGUGCUGGUGUACGCCGUCUCCGUCGCAUAUAUCCCGUCAGCAAGUACCUUUGGCCACCCGCUUCCCUCGACCUUUAUUGUCCUCCUCUCCGUCAGCCUCGUCCACGGUCCAGUAAUGUCCCGGACUGUGUGGUUUGAAUACCUGACAGACCUUCGACGUACUCGCCCAGACGCUGAUACGAUAGAAUUCAGUACUAUUUUCAGCUAGUGAUUGAUCAAUACCUUGACAAGACCUGCAAGAGGUCUAUCGUCAGUCCAUCCAGAAUGUGACCAUGCUUGGAGCGUAGGGUAUCCAGGCGAUUCAAGACAACGAGCUUAACGUUGUUGUCGUAUUCUUUGAUGACCAGAUUAAUAAAGCACGAGGCAGCCGCUAAUUACGAAUCAGCGGGGUUU